GGUUCUUGCGUUUGACGGGUGCGCGUGCGCUUGGCGGUGAGGGGAGGUGGCGCGUGCCUGCCUGUGGCGGUUGAAGACCGGGCGCGCGGACGGUCGUUACCCACCCUCAGCCCGCCUCUGUCGCGAUUGUGAGGCGCGGGAGAGGACAAUGGAGUGUAAAUGGUGAUGCAUCAAGCUGAUGAAAAUAAACAUCAUCACCCUUUCAGGGCUUGGGCUUUUUCUGAAGACUUCAGAAGGAAUGAAAUCAGCAUAUAAAAAUGGAAGAAAUCUAACUGGAGUUCUUCAUUAGCUGCAUCGAGAGAUCUGUGUUCAAUUUAUUAAAACCAGAUAGUUCAGGACACUUACUGCUCCUCUGGCACUAUAACUGUGUUAUCAAGAUCCAAGAUACAGUUUUCAAACCAGUGUAAUGAAUUGUUAACAGCAGCAUUUGAUCAUCAACCUGUAUUUUCAGAGAUACUUGGCUUGCUUUUUCAAUAGAACGUGUGUUCUGGAAGCCUGAAGAAGAGACUACAUGCAGUGUUGAACAACAUUACCUCUGACAUGCACAUCCACGCAAAAGCAGUCCAGCAUGGACAGCAGCUCUGUCAAGCUCUUGGUUCCCCUAGAAUGGGAAGAGAUAUGCUCUCAGUUGGCAGAGGACCAGCUACAAAGGGCGGGGAGGUUUUCAAAAUGGAUGACUGGAAACCGCUUCUUGUUCUUCUCUUUUUUUCCACCUUCUGCUCUGUAGAUGCACAGCAGACUGAUUGCGACAUAGAUCUUUCUAUAGCAAUUGAUAUAUCAAGGCACAUGCAGCCAGCAUCCACCGUGCUUCUGAAACAGAAAUUGCAAGCGUUCCUUCCCAAGCUUUUACUCCAGAUGAAAUUGCUGCCAAAUACCAGCUGUAAUGCUGGCUCUUUAGUCAACAUUAGAUUCAAGUUCCAAGUAUUGGCACAGACCAAAGAAUUCAUCUUUGACUCUGAUUUUGAAGACUAUAAUGAAGAGAUCAUCCAGAGGUUCUUAGGUGCACAGACCACUGUGAACACCUACCUGAAUGCAGACUUCUUACAGGCACUUGAGGAGAAGUUCUUCAAUGUGACCUCUGCUAAAGUGAAGGUUCUGUUAGUAUUUUCAGAUGGGCUGGAUGACUCACUGGAAGAUCUCAGAAAAGCAGCUGACUCCCUUCGCUUUAAAGGUCUUGAUGCACUGAUGUUAGUUGGCCUGGACAAUACACAGAACUUGACUGAACUUCGGGAAAUAGAGUUUGGCAGAGGGUUUGAAUACAACAAACCUCUGAGUGUUGGGUUUGCAGAGAUUGCAAGCAUCUUGCAGCGAAACCUUGAUACUGUUGCAGAAAGGAAAUGCUGUAAGAUUGUUUGUAAAUGCCUUGGAGAAAAUGGUGAUCUUGGUGGCCAGGGGAGUCCUGGAAGGAAGGGAAGUACAGGUUACAGAGGAUCUCCUGGCCAUCCUGGUGAGGAAGGUGGGGUUGGAGAGAGAGGACCAGUUGGUUUCAAUGGGACUCAAGGAGACAGGGGAUGUCCUGGUGCCAGAGGCCAUAAGGGGGCCAGAGGCUAUAGAGGAAGUCAGGGUGAACAUGGUGAGAGUGGAUUUGAUGGCACUAAUGGAGAGCAGGGAGAACAUGGAUUUCCUGGACCUUCUGGAGAGAAAGGCAACAGAGGAAAACAGGGCAGAAAAGGCCCCAGAGGAGAACCAGGUGAACGAGGAGAAUCUGGUCUAAGAGGAGAUCAUGGAGAUCCUGGGACUAACAGUAAUGUUCCUGGUCCUAAAGGUGAAAAGGGAAACCCAGCGCAGCAGGGAGACCCAGGACCACAUGGACUCCAAGGAGAGCAGGGUGAUGCUGGCCCUGAUGGUACAGCAGGUCGAAGAGGCCCCCCAGGUGUGAAGGGUGAGCAAGGAAAUCUGGGGGAUGCAGGUUACUCAGGAGACCCUGGUCUUCCAGGUCCACAGGGCCCAAGAGGACUGCAAGGGAUCAGAGGACCUCCAGGACCACAAGGCAUGCCAGGCCCUCUGGCUAGUCUGGGGGCCCCAGGUUCACCUGGCUCUGUUGGGAGGUUAGGUGCAAGAGGACCAAAGGGUGAACCUGGUGACCCUGGAGAGAAGGGCCCAGUGGGAUCAGCUGGACAGAGGGGCAUGCCUGGUAUGGAUGGCAGAGAUGCCUAUGGUCUUGAAGGAAGCAAAGGAGUAAAGGGAGAAUCUGGAUUCAUAGGAUAUCCUGGUCUAGAGGGAGAAGAGGGAGAUCCGGGCAUUCCAGGAGCUGAAGGACCCAAAGGAGUUAGGGGUAGAAGAGGUAAUGCUGGCACACCAGGUUCCCUGGGAGAUCCAGGGGACCAAGGGCUAUCAGGACCUAUGGGUGCCAAGGGACCAAUGGGCACCACUUUAAUGGAACCUUGUGAACUUGUGAAUUUUACACGAAAAAACUGCCCUUGCUCAUCAGAUACAUGUCCAGUUUAUCCAACUGAAGUGGUGUUUGCUUUUGAUAUGUCUGAAGAUGUUACGCCAGCUGCAUUUGAAAGAAUGAGGAACAUUGUUAUGUUAUUGCUGAAGAUCAUUAAGAUCAGUGAAAGCAAUUGCCCAACGGGCGCUCGUGUGUCUGUUGUUUCUUUCAAUGUCAAUACGCGCUAUCUCAUCCGAUUCUCAGAAUUCCAAAAAAGACACUUGCUGCUGCAAGCAGUCCAGAGAAUACCACUGGAGAGAUCAACUGGAAAACGUAAUAUUGGGACAGCCAUGAGAUUUGUUGCAAGAAAUGUCUUCAAACGUGUUCGUCAGGGCAUCCUCACAAGAAAAGUUGCCCUAUUUUUUGCCAGUGGUCCAUCGCAGGAUGGUGUUGCCAUCAACACGGCUGUGCUUGAGUUGAGUGCCUUGGAUAUCACUCCAGUGGUUAUUGCCUUCAGUGAAGUGCCAAAUGUCAGACGUGCUUUCUCGAUUGAUGAUACCAGAAGAUUUCAACUCUUUGUUUGGGAAAGACAAGAAGAUCAAAGUUUGGAUAACGUCACAUAUUGUACACUCUGCUUUGAUAAAUGCAGACCAAGGACCAACUGCGAGGUGCCCUUUUCUCCCCCUGUUCUGAUGGAUAUGGAUAUCACUUACAUCAUGGACAGCUCUCACACCAUCAGCUGUGAACAGUUUCAGAGAGCUAAAGACUUUGUGACCAACAUGCUAGAUCAGUUUGUCAUUUCCUCACAGCCAAACGAAACGUAUGGAGGCAUCAGAGUGGCACUGGUGCAGCAGGCUCCCAGGGGCUUCCUACCUGACAGAAACCAGACCCCUGUGGCUCUGGAGUUUGAUCUAGUCACAUACAGCAAUAAAGAUUUGAUGAAGAAACAUAUCCAAGAGUCUGUUCAUCAACUGGAAGGACCAUCAGCCAUUUCUUCUGCCCUACAGUGGACGGUUGAAAAUGUAUUUUUUAAAGCCCCUAGACCAAGAAAACACAGGGUCAUAUUUACAAUAGCUGGAAGCAAAACAAGCAUGUGGGACAGAGAGAAGCUGAGAGAGAUUUCACUUGGAGCCAAGUGCCAAGGAUUCACCUUGUUCACUCUUGCGCUUGGCGAUGAUGUGAGUGACGAUCAGCUGAUGGAGCUGUCAAGCUCCCCCACAGAUCAGCACUUACUGACAUUGGGCAGGGUUUCAACAUCUGAGAUGAUAUACGCUCAGAGGUUUAGUCGGGCAUUUCUAAAUCUUCUACAACAAGAAAUAAACAGUUAUCCUUCACCUGAACUUCAGCAAGAGUGUGAAAAUUUAGAUAGAGGAGAUGCACAACAGCAAGUGUCUAUGAUUGAAAGGAUGCCUUUUCCUGGAACUGAUGAAACUGGUUAUGAUCAUAGUUUAGAAGACCUUGAAAGAACUGAAAGGAGAGUCUUGGAGAAUAUUAAAGAGACCACCACAAAACCUGUAUAUACAAUGCCAGAAAUUAAAUAUGUUUAUGAGGAGAAUGAGUAUUUUACAGAGGAAGAUGCUGAAGGAAAAAAGCUACAAGAGUACGGAGAAACUCAGAAGGAGAAUGAAGAAAACUUAAAGGCAACAGUAGAAACUAGUGCUACCUAUAGUGAUUAUGAUGCAUGUGACCUUGUUCAAGAUAGUGGAGAAUGUCAAAAUUAUAUUCUGAAGUGGUACUACGACAAAGAGCAUAAAGUGUGUGGUCAGUUCUGGUAUGGGGGCUGUGGAGGCAAUAAAAAUAGAUUUGAAACGCAAGAAGAAUGUGGAUUCUUGUGCAUAGAAUCUUCCUAGUGCGGAGAUGCUUAAUUGAAUUCUUCAGUAACACCAUCAGGGUGAUGCGGUUGGACUAGGCGAUCUCCAGAGGUCCCUUCCAACCCUAACCAUUCUGUGAAAGAGAAAGCUUUACAUAGCUACUCAGCUCCCACAUUUCAGUUGAAAGAAAUACUUGCUUGUGAAGUUACCUAGUAACUUAAUAGUGAAAAUAAAACUAAUCCUCAGUUGAUCCAAUAUAGUAUGUUGAAAGUUGAGAAACUUUUGUUAGCUAACAAGGUAUUGUUUAAAAGGGAUAAAAGUAUCGGAACUUUACUUUCUUCCACAGACACCAAAAUGUACAAUUUUAAAUGUACUGAAUAAAAUAAAACAAUACCUCAGAGAUUUUAAUGAAAUAACAUUGGACACAAAAGACUAAUGUCAACAUGUUUUUAUACAUUUGCUUGCAUUUAUCCUGCUUAUAGAAAAUGCCAAAAGCGUUUAGCUCUCAAAUGAUAUAGACUUACUAGAAUUUACUUCACUUUGAUUUAGAGGAUUUUAAACUAUAGGGUCAUUCUUGGCUUUUGAAUUAUUCUGAAUAAUCCAAGAUGUUAAUAAAGUCAGUCAUUCUCAAA